AUGAAGAAUCCUAUGCAUCAUCCAUCAUCAGCCUUAUCUCAAUUCAAUUCACCUCAUCAUUCAUCGCAUAUAUUCCCAUCACAACAAUCCCAACAACAGCAACAACAACAACAAAUGAUGACAUCGUCUUCUACUGUUUCUGGUCCUGGUAAUCGACUCAUGAUGAAUUGGCAUCAUCAUCCAUCAGCAACAGGUGGAGGGAAUCCAAUGAAUUUCCCUGCUACAAUGUCCUCGGUAUCGUCGACAUCUUCACCUAACAAUAAUAAUAAUAAUAAUCCUAGAGAGAUGUAUUCUGGUCAAAUGAUAAAUUCGAGUAAGCUAUUUCCACCCAUGAUGGGAUCAGAUCUUACAGGAAUGACAAUGUUAGGCGGUGGUAGUAUGUCUGAUAACAAUGCCAGUAAUAAUAAUAAUAAUAGUAACAACAACAGCGGAAAUCGUAAUAUGAAUAUGCUUCGACAGUCACAAGAGAAUUGUUAUGAAAAUAAUCAAUUGGCCAACAUUGCGUCAUCCGCGUCCGCGUCCGCAUCUGUAUCCUCGUCAUCAUCAACAGCACAGGCGUAUUCGUCAUCAGUUGUUUAG